AUGAGUGAAGUUCAGGCUAUGGUAGAAUUCUCCGUGGAGCUCCACAAAUUCUUCAAUGUUGAUUUGUUUCAAAGAGGCUUUUACCAGAUACGUGCAUCUAUGAAAAUUCCUCCAAGAAUUCCACACAAAUUAGAAGCUAGUUUGUUACAUGCAACUGGUGCAGAUCUUGCCUUUCCUGCUUCAGUCCAUGACAACGUAGUUUGCAGUAAAACCUUUCAGAUUCUUUAUAAAAAUGAGGAAGUUGCUGUGAACGAUGUGAUGAUUUUCAAAAUAAAAAUGCUGUUAGAUGAGAGGAAGAUUGAGGAGUCGCUUAAUGAAAUGAAUUUUCUGCUAACAUUAGAUCUGCACUUCACAGACACAGACUAUUCACCAGAUGACUUGAGCACACUACAGCCAAUUAGUAGCCGAACUUUAAAGUUGCACUUUAACUUACACCAAGGCCUUCAUCAUUAUGUCAAUGUAAUGUUUGAUUACUUCCACCUCUCUGUCAUAUCGGUUAUAGUCCAUGCUUCUUUGGUUGCUCUGCAUCAGCCAUUGAUAAGUUUCCCUCGCCCAGUGAAGAAUACAUGGUUGAACAGGAAUGCACCAGCACAAAACAGGGACUCUGUGAUUCCUUCUCUUGAGAGUGUGGUCUUUGGCAAUAACUACACAAAACAGCUAUCAGCAGAUGGUUGCAGUUUUGUUGUUUCAGAGGCUUUCCUCAGUCAUGCUUAUAAUUUCCACUACACACUCUGUGCCAGUUUGCUGCUUGCUUUCAAAGGGUUGCACAGCUAUUUCAUGAUGAUCACAAAGGAGCUCCCCUCGUCUCACCGCAUCGAGCUGGAAAACAUAGAUGUCGAAGUUCGUCUUACAGAAUUGUGUGAAGAAGUAAAGAAAAUGGAAAAUCCUGAUGAACUGGCAGAACUUAUAAAUAUGAAUCUUGCUCAGCUUUGCUCACUACUAAUGGCUCUCUGGGGACAGUUUCUGGAGGUCAUUACCUUACAGGAGGAGGUCACAGCUUUGCUAGCACAAGAGCAUCACACAUUAAGAGUGCGCAGGUUUGCUGAAGCAUUCUUCUGUUUUGAGCAUCCCAGGCAAGCUGCCCUUGCCUAUCAGGAACUACAUGCUCAAGGUCAUCUACAGAUGUGUGCAGCUAUCAAAAACACUUCCUUCUGCAGUUCUCUCCCACCCCUCCCUAUUGAAUGCAGUGAGCUAGAUGGAGAUAUGAACUCCUUGCCUAUCAUCUUUGAAGAUCGAUAUUUAGAUUCAAUUACUGAAGAUCUGGAUGUACCCUGGUUGGUAGUUCAGAAUCUUCCAAGGGCAGAGUCCAAUAAACUGGAUAAAUUUGAAGCUGAAGAAGGUUUUGUUGCUGGUUUUACUAGCCCAGAACUGAAAAUAAGACCUGCAGGUGCCUCCAGCUUUUGGCAUUCAGAAACUGAAAAGAUGCUAACAAAAACUUUGAAAGGGAAAAAUGAAGAUGCAAAUAAAUCCAAAGUUAAGGUCACUAAGCUCAUGAAAACAAUGAAACCUGAAAAUACAAAAAAAGUCAUAAAGCAGAACUCAAAGGACUCUGUGGUCUUAGUAGGCUACAAAUGUUUGAAAAGUGCAGCACUGGAAGAAGGCUCUAGAAGCUUGGAAGGCAGACCUUCCUGCAACGCCAGCGAGGGGCUGGACCCUGCGCUGGGCGGGUUUCCGUGGGAUACAAAGCCCUGCACCAGGCAGAUCAGUCAAAAAGACCUUCCAUUUUUGCCACCUGGAACUGAGGAAAAGACUACCAAGAUUGAAGGUGACCAACCAGCUCCAGGUAGUCCUGUGCACUGUGAAAAUGAGGCUGUUUUGGAUAGACUGACCACCUCCCAGACAGGUUCUGGAACUGUUCAAGCAGAUAGUGCUUUACAGCUCAGAGGUACACUUGAAGGUUGUCAUGGAGGUCAACCAGCUCCCUCAGGAGUCAGGACAAUUGAGGUCAAGCCAAGUAAUAAGAGUCCUUAUGAAGGGGAGAAAGUAGAGGUUCACAUUGGAUCUUGGGCUGAGUUUCCCCAAGGUGGAGUGCACGGAGGGAACUUGCAGACCCCCAGUAUUCAGUCUUCAGAAUCUGGAAAUACAUCACACUCAGGAGAACAGGAACCAGUGCUUGGAAAGGAAGAUGUCCAUGAGAGAAACUCUCAGCCUACCAGUGACAUCUUGACAAAAAUGAAAAGUAAUCCUCCUGCUCUUUCUACAAAAGAAAGUCAACUUCUUUCAAGUGGAGACAUGACUAAAUUACCAGAUGUGAGUGUGACAUAUGCCUCUUCUAGGUUUUCAGAUUCAGGUAUAGAAAGUGAACCAAGUUCUUUUGCAACUCAUCCCAACCCUGACCAUGUUUUUGAAAAUAUUCAAGGGCAAAGUGCAUACAAUGGUGAGAGAGUAUUUCCUCAGCUUUUACUAAAACCAGACUGUGCUGUAAAAAAUGCAAUAGAAAGCCAUUGCACUGAGAGUACGAGUGCUGUAAGUGAAAUACAGUCAUCCCUGACAUCCAUAAAUUCGCUGCCUUCAGAUGAUGAUGAGCUGUCACCUGAUGAGAAUUCAAAGAUAUCUGUUGUCCCUGAACGCCAGCUAAGUGACAGCAAAACAGUGUUGGAUCUAGGAGCGAUUGACUUGACAAAAUGUGGUGACAGUAAAACUUCAAACACCAAUUUGCAGCAACAGGGUGUUGUAUUUUCAGGGCACUCAGAUAAAAAAACUCUGUCUAUACAUUCCUCACUCUCAGGAACACAAGAUCUAUUACACUUAGUUGUUUCAGAUGAGGAUACAUCUGCUGAUGUGAAAAGUUACAGCCCACAGGCAGACCCUGGCACAACCUGCAGGGGCUCUCAGGACACCGAAAAGCAUCCUAAAGCUACAGAAGAAACUGUUAAAUUGCAUUUGGAAACAACUUGCAUGGGUGAGACACCUGUGGUUUCAGGUUCUUCAUCUGUAAAUGCAGUGUAUGAGGUUGAAAAAACAAAUGAAGGAGAACAUAAUGAGCCUUUAGAACUAAAGGAGACAACAGAAGAAUUGUCAGUAGCUAAAAGUGAAGCUGGUACAGAUAAUCCUUCUCCAACAGGUAGUGCUGACAUGGUAAGGCAAGGGCUUGUGGAAAACUAUUUUGGCUCUCGAAGCAGCACUGAUACUUCAGAUAUUUGGCCUAUGGACAACAGCAAUCCUGUCAGCCCUCAAAAGGAAACCUAUGAAAACCAAAUUAUUUGUUCUUCCCAACAAGAUGAGGAAGAAGAGGAGGAGGAGGAGGAGGAUCAAGAAAUGAUUGAAAACGGAUAUUAUGAGGAAACAGACUAUAGUAUAUUGGAUGGAGCUUCCAGUGCUGACCAGGAUCAUAGCUCAGCAGAAGAGAGAGGCCUGAGAUCUGACAGGAUCGAUAGUGGACACCUGCAGGACAUAAUGACUGUGCCUCCUGUCUGUACUCCUGGUUGUCUGUCUUUCCCUUCUUCUCUGAGGGACUCUCCUUGCAAUGUUAUCUGUUCUACAAAGAGUAAAUCUGAUACAAUCACACAACAGCCAGGCAGCACAUCCUACAGCUCAGCUUCGGCUGUCUCCUGGUAUGAAAGCUCCCCAAAACCUCAAAUGUUGGCUUUCCUACAGGCAAAAGAAGAAUUGAAGCAACUUAAACUCCCUGGAUUUAUGUAUAGUGAUGUUUUCAAACUGGCUUCUUCAAUACCUUAUUUCAGCAUGGAGGAGGAUGACUGUUCAGAAGAAGGAAUACAUCUUAUAGUCUGUGUCCAUGGCCUAGAUGGUAACAGCGCAGAUCUAAGAUUAGUGAAGACUUACAUUGAGCUAGGGCUGCCUGGAGGGAGGAUUGAUUUUCUUAUGUCUGAAAGGAAUCAGAAUGAUACCUUUGCUGAUUUUGAUUCCAUGACAGAUCGCCUUUUAGAUGAAAUUAUACAGUAUAUACAAAUUUAUAAUCUUACCCUUUCAAAAAUCAGCUUUAUUGGACACUCACUGGGUAACUUAAUAAUCCGUUCAGUGCUCACAAGACCUCGAUUUAAAUAUUACCUCAACAAACUUCACACCUUCCUGUCCCUGUCUGGACCACAUCUCGGUACCCUCUACAACAGCAGUGCUCUUGUUAAUACAGGGCUGUGGUUUAUGCAGAAAUGGAAGAAAUCUGGUUCAUUAUUGCAACUGACGUGUCGAGACCACUCGGAUCCGCGACAGACGUUCUUGUAUAAACUCAGUAAAAAAGCAGGUCUUCAUUACUUCAAAAACAUUGUGUUAGUAGGAUCUCUGCAGGAUCGUUAUGUUCCUUAUCACUCUGCUCGCAUUGAGAUGUGUAAAACAGCUUUAAAGGACAAACAAUCAGGACCAAUUUAUGCUGAAAUGAUCCAGAACCUGCUCCUGCCAGUUCUGCAGAACAAGGAAUGUAAUUUGGUUCGUUACAAUGUCAUCAAUGCAUUGCCCAACACGGCGGAUUCUCUCAUCGGGAGAGCUGCACACAUUGCUGUUCUUGACUCAGAAAUAUUUUUGGAAAAAUUCUUUCUUGUUGCUGCCCUAAAAUAUUUUCAGUAGAGAAAAGCAUUGUAAGAGACUUGGUUAUUACCUCAUUAACAGAUGAAUCAAAAGAUGUGUGGUGUUCAAGUAUAGCUGCAGCUGUAUUUUAAGAGAUAUUUAUACUUUUUAUAUGGAAGAUAAUUUAUAUCAUCCACACUUAGGGCUUUUUAACAUCAACUUUACUUUCUAGGUAAUGUGGCUGUGCAAUAUUUUUUUAUUUUGUUCUUUUUACUUUUCUAUUACUUUUUCUUAAUUUUGGGUACCUAAUUAUUUGGAGAUUAAAGCACAGUGUACUUUUGGUUGGUUUGUUCUGGGCUCUCAGACUACAGAAGUCGAUGUUACUUCGCUACAUUUCACACGAGGCUUCAGAUGCCAAAAAUAAAUUGGAUUUUAAAAUAAUAAGAAGGUCUUACGUGUUCAGUUGUAUUUUAGCACCGUAGGAAGUUUAACUGGAAACACAUGGAGCUGCUAAAAUACUGGAUGUUUGGGAAGGACUCUAUCUGCAGGUGUGGCAAAGAAGUGACCGAGUUGUCUGUUC